GAAAGUGCGAAGAUCCUGAAACAUGGAUACAAUCAAUAAAGAAACAAAUGAAAAUGGAAUCAAUAAAGAACUGAAUAAGACGAGUUCUCUCGAGGAAUUCUACGCCGGUAGUGGAAUUCUUGUGACAGGAGCAACCGGUUUCGUUGGGAAAGGUCUCCUGGAAAAACUGAUCCGCAUAUGUCCACGCAUCGCUGCCAUUUUUAUACUAAUUCGUCCAAAAACUACCGAAACGAUAGAACAACGAUUUAAGAAGCUCAUAGAUGAUCCCAUUUACGAUGACAUCAAAGCAAAACACCCUUCAGCUUUGAACAAGGUUUAUCCCGUAAAUGGUGACGUGAGUCUGCCAGAUUUAGGUCUUUCGCGAGAAGAUAGAAGUAUGUUGUCAGAGAAAGUAAAUAUAGUGUUUCACGCCGCGGCCACUGUGAGAUUCAACGAGCCAUUACACGUGGCUGUUAAUGUGAAUACGAAAGGUACAGAUCGUAUCAUCGAACUUUGGAACGAACUAAAGCAUCCAAUUAGCUUCGUCCACGUCAGCACAGCUUUUAGUAAUGCUAAUCUACAUGAGAUUGGGGAAAAAGUUUAUACUACGAGCUUGAAACCUUCGGAGGUGAUCGAUAUAUGUGACCAAUUCGACAAAAAUUCGAUAAACCUAAUGGAAAAGGGGAUUUUAAAAACUUAUCCAAAUACAUACGCAUUUAGUAAGAAUUUAGCAGAGCAGAUUGUAGCAAGCAAGUGCAAAGAUCUGCCAGUUGCGAUAGUACGGCCAAGCAUAGUUGGUGCCUCUUUGCAAGAACCAUGUCCUGGUUGGAUAGAGAAUAUUUCUGCAUUAACAAGUACCAUUGUGCUAAUCGGCAGAGGAUGUGCAACAGCGAUACGAGGUAUAAGAGAGGCAAGAUUGGAUGUAGUGCCUGUCGAUUUCGUAGUCGACAUGAUAAUAUGUACAGCAUGGCAUGUCACGCUACAUCGUGAUCGUGAAGUUAAAGUAUACAACUGCACGAGUAACGCAUGCCCUUUUAAGUGGGGUCCGAUGAUAGAUGCUAUAGUAAAAUGUAGCAUAGAAAUGCCAAUAAACGAUACGCUAUGGUACCCAGGAUGUUCAGUUGUAGCUAAUAGGUAUAUUUACCACGUUCUGUGUGUAAUUCCGCGUAUUUUGCCUGCGGUCGUCAUAGAUAUCUUUUUAAGACUUCGAGGUAGUAAACCAAUAAUGAUGAAACUUUUAAAAAAUUGCAACAAGCUGUUCACAUCGGUAAAAUAUUUCACCACGCACGAAUGGACUUUCCAAAGGGAUAACUGUUCUGACUUAGUGAGAAAAGUGAAAAUGUUGAACGACGGCGAUAUGGUCAAACUAGAUUUACGGGCUAUGAAUUGGGAGAAGUAUGUUGCAAUUUACCAAAUGGGAGUUAGGAAAUUUAUUCUGAAACAAGAGUUUAAGUCAGCAGCCCGACAACGGUUAUCAAGGUUGUACUGGAUACACCAGAUCACUAAAAUGUCCGGUAUAAUGAUCUUACUAUGGAUAGUAUACCGUAUCGUGUACUGACUAUUCGAACCUUAUUUUUUCUGUUUAAACCAAAGGAAUAUAAAUACAAUCUUAUGAAGAAG